AUGGUACCUAGUAAUAGCAACGGAAUGUUGGUUUCGACGAAUACGAGACUUCAGAUGCCAUGGUUACAUGGAAAGAUCUCAAGAGAAAAGACAGAAAAACUUUUGGCAAACACUAGUGAUGGUACAUUUUUAAUUCGUGAAUCUACAAAUUAUCCUGGAGAUUUUACUUUAUGUUUAAGUUAUAAUAAAAAAGUAGAACAUUACAGAAUUCAUCUACUUGAAAAUAAUCAUUAUACAUGUGAUCAUGAGGCAAUAUUUCCAAAUUUAAUACAAUUAGUUGCUCAUUAUAAAAGAGAUGCUGAUGGUUUAUGUCAUGAACUUGUUAGUCCCAUUAUAUCAGAUGACAUGAAAGCUCAUUUAGAAAAUAGUAAUAUUGAAACUAAAAUUACAGAAUUUCGUAAAGCUGGAAUAUUAGUAAAUAGGAAUGAUUUAAUUAUAGGUGAUGUUAUUGGAAAAGGAGAAUUUGGUGAUGUUUACUGUGGUAUUUAUCUUGGACAACGAGUAGCUGUAAAAAGUUUAAAAAAUGGUAUAACAAGUGAUCUUUUACAGGAGGCUAAAUUUAUGAGUCAACUUAAUAAUAUUCAUCUUGUUGCUUUGAUUGGUGUUGUAAUGGAUGAAACAAGAGAAGUAAAUAUAUUAACUGAAUUUAUGGCUAAUGGAAAUUUAGUUGAUUAUUUGAGGUCUCGAGGAAGGUAUCAAGUUGAUAAACGUCAAUUAAUAAGUAUUGCCUUAAAUGUUGCUGAAGGAAUGAGGUAUAUGGAGGUACAAAGAUUAGUCCAUAGAGAUUUAGCUGCAAGAAACAUUUUAUUAGAUGAAAAUUAUUCUGCUAAAAUCGGUGAUUUUGGUUUGGCACAAUCAAUGGAUAAACCAACUAGUGAUUGUGCUUCUAAAGUUUUUCCCGUUAAAUGGACAUCUGUUGAAGCUUUAAGAUAUGGUAAAUUCAGUAACAAAUCUGAUGUUUGGAGUUUUGGAAUUUUAUUAUGGGAAAUUUUUUCAUUUGGACGUGUGCCAUAUCCAAGAAUUCCAAUUCAAGACGUUGUAAGACAUAUCGAACAAGGGUAUAGGAUGGAAAAUCCUGAAGGUUGUCCACAAUCAAUUAAUUUACUAAUGGGAGAAACAUGGAAUUUAGAUCCAGCAUGCCGUCCUACAUUUGCACAAAUAUGUGUCCAAUUAAAAAGAACUUUACAAAAUUACAUUAAUUGA